GUGUAAAACUCGGAAGCAGUUUACAAGCGGACAUCGCGACGCAGACGCGACGCUUAGAAGUUUGUGUUCAUUUCUGUUUAUACAUCGCUCCCGAGAGUUGCGAAACGUUAGAUAAUACAGCACCAUGAAUGAUGACAGGCUGAUCCGUGAGAUUGAGAAAAGAAGGAUGUUUUACGAUACCAAAGACCUAUUUUAUAAAGAUAAUGUUGUGAAAGAGAAGGAGUGGGCCACAAUGGCCAAAGCCCUGGGGUUAGAGGUGGACUUCUGCAAAUCCAGAUGGAAGGCACUGCGGGACGGAUAUGUCAAGGCUAAAAACGCCCAGAAGGAGCACAGAUAUGGGGAGAAGAUGGCCUUCCUUUUGCCUUUUCUGCAAAACAGACGCCACAAGCGCUGCUUAAGUCCGGACAUAGACGGAGACGGGGAAUCUUUGGGAGAGAAUGGGGACCUUCUUGCAGCUGCAGCCGCUUCAGCAGAAAUUGUAUCAUCACGACUCCCAAACAAAGUCCUGAAGCGCUCCUCAUCUCCCGGCCCACUUGGACCACUCAGCCCACUCGGACCACUUCCUCCACUCGGACCACUCCCUGUAUCUCCGAAAGAUGUCCCAAAGACUGACCUGGAUGAGUCGUACCACUUUGCUAUGAGCCUGGUGCCUAUUUUAAGUCGAAUGGACAGAACCACGAGGAGACAGGCCCAAGUCUUUAUUCUCAAUGGACUGGGUAACUUUGAAAAUCCACUGUAAAUAGAUUAGUAGCUAUUUUUGUAAUCUUCUAGUUCCUCCAGGCUGUAUUUGACUGUACUGAAAUGAGGAAGAAAGCUGUUGAGGAUGACACUCAGAUACUGUAUGUGCACAUAAGUCUGGACAAGACUUGGACAUUUUUAUGAAGACUCCACUUAUGUAUAUAAUCUUUUCAUGUUUUUAUUUUUUUAAAUGUAAAGCUAAUUCUAUAGUUUGUCAAGAGUUUUAAAAAUAACAAUGUAACUUUGCUCAUUUUAUUUUAUGUUUUUGUAAGUUUCUCUGUACAUUGCCUCUACGUUUUCAGUUUAACCUUUGCUGUAAAACUGCAAAAACAUUUUCACUUUGUAUUCUUAUAAAGGUCCUUUGGCAGCUCA